AUGACUGGAGGGAGGUUAUUUAGGUACAGUUGCGCACUCGGGUUCGAAAGGGUCGGAGCUGAGGAGAGAACGUGUCAAUCCAAUGGCCGCUGGUCCGGUCAGCCGCCGGUUUGCGCCAUCGACGUCGCCAAGUCCAAGCCUACGGAACAGUCCUCUGGCGGGCCAUCGGAGGCGCCAACCAAGAGUCUCUGCACGUUGUCAGACAACGAGUCUCGCUCCUGGUGGGCCGUCGAGCUGCUCGGCGAGUACGAGGUCCACUCAAUCGGCCUCCGUCUCGGCAUCGAUUCCUCCGAAAUUGACAGUGUCGAGCUGGUGACGAUGUCAGCCUGGCAAUGCGCCGUCUCCGGCAUGGAACUCGUUGGUGUCCUCGACGGCGUCUGCCUCGCCGCCUCCAAGGACGACAAAACCGACUGGAAGCAAGCGCAAGCAAAUUGUCUAGAUCGAGGUGCCACGCUUCCGAUGAGGCUAUCCCCCACCUCCCGAAAGGGGCUACGAGCGGCGCUGUCUAGCGGAAACUUUGCCGCCUCGUUUUAUUGGAUCGGCCUUUUUGCCGGGGAGUCCGACUGGAAAUGGGCCGACGGCGAGCCGGUCAGGGAGGGCGAAGUCGACUGGCCGGAACCGGGCCGACCGCCGGCGCCGAACAGCCCAGAAGCGGUCCUCGUCGCCCGGCCUUUGGAAUGGAAGUGGAUAGCCUCCUCGCAAUCGGCUUGGAAUCAAUAUAUUUGCCAGAGCAAACCCAAAUUCUGCACGUCUCCCGGGGUGGGAGAAGCCGGUCGGGUCGCCUUCUCUUCCCACUCGUAUGCCAUUGGUACGCAGUGCUACUAUUCGUGUGAGGAUGGGUUCCGGUUACUGGGAGACCAGACCCGCGAAUGCAUGGAUGGGGGCAGAUGGUCGGGCUCGAUUCCGAGAUGUCGACGCCUGGAUUGCGGGGACCCGGGCCAGAUCGUGAAUGGCCAAGCGAACUACCUGAACGGGACGACGCUGUUUGAGGCGCAGGUGGAGUACGACUGCCUGCCGGGCUACGAGUACGUCGGCGACAAACUACGGGUCUGCCAGCCAGACGGGAGGUGGAGCGGCGAGCAAGGAAUUUGUGAACCGUACGAUUGCGGCCUACCCCCAUCUAUCGGCCACGGCGUAUUCUCCGUAUCGAACACGACAGUGAAUGGGAGUGCACAGUACGAGUGCGGAAAGGAAUUCCGGCUGAUUGGGCACGAUAUUGUGUUUUGUACCGAGAGAGGCACCUGGGAGCCGGCGGCGCCAGUGUGUUACGACCUGGCGACUUUGCGUGAGAUGAAAGUUUCCUCGUCAGGAGACAGCAAUGUUUACCUUGUGAUAUUGGCCUUUUUGAUGGUCUCGAUCCUGGUCUUUGUCGUCGUCCGAGUCUUCCGGCCGCAAACUUUCCAUGCCCCGCCGAACCGGGCGGAAUUGAAUAAAUAUACGCCUACACCGAUUGGAGGGAAUAUGGGACAGGUCAUCUACGCUGCCCCUUCGGCCCUGACCGUCUCGCAGAUGACGGACAGUACCUCGUCUCCAGAUAAGGUCGUCUACUACGCUACGUCGGCACCCAUAGCUCAACUGGAAGUUCCUCCACAAAUGCUGCACCUACAGCAACUGCCAAACGGCAACAUCCACGUCACGCUACCGAUCGGACGGCCGCUGGUCCGGCCUCCACUGCCGGUUUUCAAUCCCGCCGACUCCCCGACGCCGUCGCAGCUGCUCUACUCGUUCGACCACGAGCCCUUCUACGACAUGCCGCCCGACUGGGAUGCGGAUACGCUUCCGCGACAACCCAACCAACGGUUGCCGACCUUGCCGAGGCAGGCGCCGCCCCAGCGACCCAGGGUGCCGCCGCCAAAAUUGGAAGAAGACGAGAACAUCUACGAAAGAUUGCCCGAUCUCCCCCCGGAUCCGCCGCCCUCAGAAUACAUC